AAGGAAGUUCUGAACUGCCUUCAGACUGCCCAGCAGAGCAGACGAGCAGGCUGUCCUGGCUCUGCAUCUGUACCUGGACGCUCUGAAGAAUAGCUUCUCAUUCACAGAAAUGCCUUGUGUUAUAAAAUGAUGAGUAUCUUCCAUGUCAUCAUUACCUUCAUAGUAAUACUUGAGAUCAGAAUCCAGUUGUCGAAUGAAACUGAAGUUUUAGUGAACAGGUCAAAAACAGAUCUCACCCAUAUUCCCCAAGACCUACCUCUGGAAACAACAACCUUAGACAUGUCACACAACUAUAUAUCUGAGCUUCAGACUUCUGUCCUCCUACCACUCUCCAACCUGAGGAUUUUGAUUCUUUCUCAUAAUAGUAUUCAGCAUCUUGAUCUCAGUGUUUUUGAAUUCAAUCAGGAAUUGGAAUACUUGGAUGUAUCGCACAACAAGUUGGGGAGCCUUUCUUGCCACCCUACUGUGAACCUCAAGCACUUAGACCUUUCGUUUAAUGCAUUUGAUGCCCUGCCCAUAUGCAAGGAGUUUGGCAACAUGCUUCAACUAAAAUUUCUGGGACUGAGCGCUUCACAGCUACAGAAAUCCAGCAUGCUGCCAAUUGCUCAUUUGAACAUUAGCAAGCUCUUGCUGGUCUUAGGAGAAACUUAUGGAAAAAAAGAAGACCCUGGGAGCCUUCAGGGUAUUAAUACAGAGAGUCUGCACAUUGUUUUUCCCACAGAAAAGGAAUUCCAUUAUAUUCUGGAUGUGUCGGUCAGCACUAUAGAAAGUCUGGAGUUGUCUAAUAUCAAAUGUGUGCUAGAUGAUAACCAAUGUUCCCAUUUCCUACAUGUUCUGUCAAAACUUCAGAGGAAUCCGAGGCUGUCGAAUCUUUCUUUAAACAACAUCGAAACAACUUGGAAUUCUUUCAUGAAGAUCCUCCAGUCGAUUUGGAAUACAACCAUAGAGUAUUUCUCCAUUUCAAAUGUGAAGCUACAAGGUCAACUUGACUUCACAGACUUUAACUAUUUUGACACGUCUCUGAAGACCUUGUCUAUACAACAAGUGGUCAGUGAUGUGUUCAAUUUUCCACAAAGUAAAAUCUAUAAAAUCUUUUCAAACAUGAACAUCCAAAAUUUCACAGUAUCUGGUACACGCAUGAUUCACAUGCUUUGUCCAUCCCAAAUCAGCCCAUUUCUAUAUUUGGAUUUUUCCAAUAAUCUCUUAACAGAUACAGUUUUUGAAAAUUGUAGAAGCUUGACCAAAUUGAAGACAUUUAUUUUACGAAUAAAUCAGUUAAAAAAACUUACGAACAUAGUUCAUAUGACCAAAGAGAUGAAGUCUCUGCAACAAUUAGAUAUUAGCCAGAAUUCUAUAAGGUAUGAUGACAAUGAAGAAGUUUGUUUCUGGACUAAAAGUUUACUAAAUUUAAAUAUGUCUUCAAAUGUACUUACAGACUCUGUUUUCAGUUGCUUACCUCCCAAGAUCAAGAUACUUGAUCUUCACAAGAACAGAAUACAGAGCAUUCCUAAAGGAGUCCUGCAACUAGAGUCUUUGCAAGAACUCAACAUUGCUUUCAAUUCUUUAGCUGACCUUCCUGGAUGCGGUACCUUCAGCAGCCUUUCUGUCCUCAUCCUUGACCAUAACGUGGUUUCCCACCCAUCAGCUGAUUUCUUCCAGAGCUGCCAGAAGAUUAGAUCACUCAAGGCAGGGAACAACCCAUUCCAGUGUACAUGUGAGCUAAGGGAAUUUAUCAAAAACAUAGGCCAAGUACCAAGAGGGGUGGUGGAGGACUGGCCUGAUUCUUACAAGUGUGACUACCCAGAAAGCUAUAAGGGCACUCCACUGAAGGACUUCCAUCCGUCUCAGUUAUCCUGCAACACAGCUCUGUUGAUUGUCACCGUUGGGGCCACCAUGCUGCUGCUGACUGUGACCAUGACCCUCCUCUGCAUCUACUUGGACUUACCCUGGUAUCUCAGGAUGGUGUUUCAGUGGACCCAGACCCGGCGCAGAGCCAGGAACUUGCCCUUAGAGGAACUCCAAAGAACUCUCCAGUUCCAUGCUUUUAUUUCAUACAGUGGGCAUGAUUCUGCCUGGGUGAAGAACGAAUUGGUACCAAACCUAGAAAAAGAAGAUGUACGGAUUUGCCUCCACGAGAGAAACUUUGUUCCCGGCAAGAGCAUCGUGGAGAAUAUCGUCAACUGCAUUGAGAAGAGCUACAAGUCCAUCUUUGUUUUGACUCCCAACUUUGUCCAGAGUGAGUGGUGUCAUUAUGAGCUCUACUUUGCCCACCACAAUCUCUUCCAUGCAGGAUCUGAUAACUUAAUCCUGAUCUUGCUGGAACCCAUUCCACAAUACUCCAUUCCUAGCAGCUAUCACAAGCUUAAAUCUCUCAUGGCACGAAGGACAUACUUAGAAUGGCCCAAGGAGAAGAGCAAACGUGGACUAUUUUGGGUUAACUUAAGAGCAGCCAUUAAUAUUAAGUUGAUGGAGAGAGCAACAGAAGUUAGUCACACGUCAAACUACUCACAUCCGUCUUCUUAAUAUUGCUACUUUUGGAAGUUCCAGCGAAGACUUUGUUGUGCAUUAACAUGAAUUUAAAUACAAUUUCGAAUUUAUAAUGUAGUACUUUGAGGCUCCAGCUCAUCAUUAAUAAAAAUGAAUGAAAUGGAGGGCAGCUGGUGACAAAACAGUAACACAAUGUUCUAUGAGGCCGAUCCACUGGAGAAGAUUUUGUGUUCACAUCUGAAGACUUCUGUGAACAUGUCAGGCAUGCAGGUACCAUGAUUCGUGGUUUGCUUACCCUGGGAGUGGGUCAUGGCAUGAAGACCUUAUUGGGGAUGCUUGUCUUUCCUGCUCAUGGAAUAAAUAAAUAAAUGAACUUUAGGAAAA